AUGGACGAAACAAGCCCCGAAUUCGCAACGCUCUACAACGCAAUGUCAACCUUCGUUAACACCUGCAUGUCUGGCCACGACCCCUCCCACAACCCAGCCCACGUCCACAGAGUCGUAUCCCUCGCCAACAAGAUCCUCGCCUCCGAACAAGCCCUCCACCCAACAAAACCCUUCUCCGGCGCCGUCGUCAAGCUCGCCGCUCUCCUCCACGACAUCGGAGAUAAGAAGUACCUACACAGUCUCGCAGCAGAUACAGACAGCGAAGCUGCAAGCCUCGACCCAAGCACCAUGGUCCGUCACGCGCUUAUCAAGAACGGUGCGCCGGAAGAUCUUGCGGCGCGGGUGCAGACGAUUGUAUCGAAUGUGUCGUAUUCGACGGAGAUUAAGGAUCCCGGUGUUGUUCGGCGGUUGAUUGAUGAGGAGGGGUUUAUUGAGCUUGCUGUUGUUCAGGAUGCGGAUCGGUUGGAUGCGAUUGGGGCUGUUGGGAUUGGACGGACGUUUACGUUUCUCGGGGCGCAGGGGCGGAAGUUUCUUGUUGAUGGGCAGUGGGAUAUGAAUAACUCUAUUGAGCAUUUUGGGGAUAAGUUGGAGCUUUUGGAGGGGAUGAUGAAGACUGGGACCGGGAGGGAGAUGGCCAGGGUGCGCACGGAGAGAUUGAAGGUUUUCCGUGGGUGGUGGGAGGAGGAGAUGGAUAUGGUUUCCGCGUAA